CACAUAACUCUUCUCGAAUCUAAUAAUCUUACACAUCCUUUUUGGACCAAGAAGAUUCUUCUCCUUCACACCCUCUUAAUUAUUUAUUUAAUCUCAUUUCGUAAUUAAUUAACUAACUAAUUAAAUCUAAUUAAUCACCUUUCUAGUUCCUUUAUUAAAACCCUAUUUCUCUUUCCCUUUCAAUUUCCAAUUCAUUCACCUUCGAUUCAACUCAAUCGCGUAAUUUCAAUUUCACGCUUCGAAGAAAUCGUUGCUUCCUCAGGAUUAUUAUAGUGUUGUAUUGAAACUGGUUCAGUUGGUGGUUACGACGACGGCUGCAAAAUCGUCGAUAUUGAUAUUUCAGCUUUGGUUUGUAAUUGUGUGAAGAAUUUGAAUUGAGAGGUAACUUGUGUUAGGAAGUGGAGGGAAAUUUUGUGCUGCAUGUGGUGUAUCCUUUGCGGUGCACCGUCUUUUAUUCAUGGGGGAGUGGGUUGUUGGAGCUUUCAUCAACCUUUUUGGUAGUCUUGCUAUAAACUUUGGAACCAACCUUCUCAAAUUAGGACAUAAUGAGAGAGAAAGACAUUUACUCGGAAGUGAUGGGGUACAUGGAAAGGUGACUUUGAAGCCUAUUAUAUACUUUCAGAGUUGGAGAAUCGGUAUCCUAUUUUUCUUUCUUGGAAAUUGCCUUAAUUUCAUUUCCUUUGGCUAUGCCGCUCAGUCACUUCUUGCAGCUUUGGGAUCUGUUCAGUUUGUAUCUAACCUCGCAUUCGCUUACUUUGUGUUGAACAAAGUGGUAACAGUCAAGGUACUGGUUGCCACGGCUUUUAUUGUUCUUGGAAAUGUUUUUCUAGUUGCUUUUGGCAAUCACCAAUCACCGGUUUAUACUCCAGAGCAGUUGACAGAGAAAUAUACCAAUGUCGCAUUCCUUCUGUACCUUCUAGCUUUGAUUGUAAUUGUUGUCGUGCAUCACUCCGUUUACAAGCGAGGUGAACUUCUGAUUGCUGUAUCAGGACAUGAGCUCAAACCCUUUUGGAAUAUGCUAUUGCCAUUUUCUUAUGCUGUAGUUUCCGGGGCUAUAGGUUCAUGCUCAGUGUUGUUCGCUAAAUCACUUUCUAAUCUCUUACGACUGGCUUUUUCCAAUGGUUAUCAGUUGCACAGCUGGUUCACAUAUUCCAUGCUUCUUUUAUUUCUCAGUACUGCUGGAUUUUGGAUGACCAGGUUGAAUGAGGGAUUGUCCUUGUUCGAUGCAAUUCUUAUUGUUCCCAUGUUUCAGAUCGCUUGGACACUCUUCUCAAUUUGUACAGGAUUUAUAUAUUUUCAGGAAUAUCAGGUAUUUGACACAUUAAGGACAACAAUGUUUAUACUUGGAAUGAUGUGUGUGUUCAUUGGCAUUUCUUUGUUAGCACCUGAUGAAUCAAAAGUUUCCGAGACUAAAGACGGUUCUUUGGAUUCCACCGUGUCUCCUGCCAUUUCAACAGAAAUGAAAAGGUUAGUAGUGUCUUCUGAAGAAGCAGCACACAACAAAGACCCACGAUCUUUUGUCAAAGGAAUCCUGUUAAAGGUUACAGAUAUUCUGGUCAAGGCAAAGACAUCUUGUGCAUUGACUCUUGGUUUUGGGGAGGAUACGAUCAAUGCGUCUUCAGUUUUCGUGAUGCCAAUGAUGUCGUCAAGAAUGAAUGGCUUCAGAGGUAAUGGACUCGAACGGGCAAGAAUUUUAUCGAUGAGACAUCCAGGUUGGAGCAAGAUCCCUAUGGAUGAAGAUGCAACUAAAUUGCUUGAAACUAGUACAAUUGUUCCUUCUAGCCCUUGAUAGUGUUUUGAUAGCUGUAGAAUUUCCCAGGUUUUGGAUUUAUUUUUUUCUUCUAUUUUCCGAUUUUGUUUUAACGAUUGGAGUAGAUGAGAUAUAAACCAUUCAUAAUUCAAUUAUUUGCUCUAUUGAGCAUUCAUGUAAUCUUCCACACCAAGGAAAGAGAGGAUAAAAAAGUGUUGUAUAUUGAUUGUAUAUAUACUUGUAAAUUUUCUUGCUUGGACAAUGGAAAAGAAAAAGAACACGUUUUCAUCUACAAA